AUGGCAUCCGCCUUCUUCUCCCUCAUCGACUCCAUUGGGGAGACCUUCGAGGGUGUUGUGGAGAAUGUGGAAAAUGUCGUUGGGACCGUGGAGAAGGAGGCUCGAAGCUGGACUCAGCAGGUGCUCUCGGUGAAAGUUUCGCGCCGCAGGUGGAGGGGGCAGUUCAGCAGAUGGACGCAGGAGUGGACCUCGACGAUGUCUUGGAGGAUACGAUGGGAUCUGUCGUUUGAACUUGUGAACUCUCAGCACAGCAGCAUCUCGUUCGGCAGCUAUUUCCAGUUUUGGUCUCCACCGGCCUGGACUUGCCCUCGUUUCGCCAUGGCGGAGCCUGCUCAGAAGAAGGCCCGCACCACGCGUACCUUCCUCUUCUCCUCAGAGUCGGUGAACGAAGGCCACCCGGAUAAGAUCUGCGAUCAAGUCUCGGAUGCCGUGCUGGAUGCGUGCCUCAAGGUGGACCCCAAGAGCAAGGUGGCCUGCGAGACUGCGACCAAGGACAACAUGGUUAUGGUGGCUGGAGAGAUCACCACCGGAGCCAAGCUCGACUACGACAAGGUGGUGCGCGGCGUCGUGCAGCAGAUUGGCUUUGACAGUUUCGUGGACGACCUGUCCAGCGUGGACAGCAAGGGCUUGAGCUACAAGACCUGCGAGGUCCUGGUGCGCAUCAACAAGCAGAGCCCGGACAUUGCCGGUGGAGUGCAUGUGGGCAAGGACGAGAUGGACGUUGGCGCCGGAGACCAGGGCAUCAUGUUUGGGUACGCCAGCGACGAGACCUCGGAUUGCAUGCCUCUGACGCACAGCAUGGCCACUCGUCUUGGCAAGACCCUGACCGAUGUGCGCAAGAGCGGCGAGUGCUGGUGGCUGCGACCUGAUGGCAAGACGCAGGUAACGAUCGAGUAUAUGCAGCACCCGGAUGGGUCUGUCGAGCCGAAGAAGAUCCACACCGUGGUGAUCUCUACUCAGCAUGCGGAGCCAUCCAAAGCCAAGCGAACCCAGGAAUGUGCUGGCUACACCGGUGCCGAGAUGGUUGCACCCACCAUGGAGCAGAUGAAUAAAGAGAUCGAAGAGAAGGUUAUCAAGCGAACGCUUGAGUCGAUCAAGUUGAAAAAUGGCAAGCCCGCCAUCAGCCUUUACGGCAGCCACACGCACCUGCACAUAAAUCCUUCAGGGAAGUUCAUCAUUGGUGGUCCUCAAGGCGAUGCAGGCCUCACAGGCCGGAAGAUCAUCAUUGACACUGCCGCCUACUGCCACUUUGGCCGCGAGCCCGUCACCAAGGGUGGCAUCAAGUUCUUUGAAUGGGAGAACCCGAAGGAUUUGUCGAAGUACAAGACCAUGAGCACGGCUCAGGUGGAGGCCGCGUUGAAGGCCAGCACCUACUUGACGAAGUGGGAAAUCCAGCUUGCCGCGGAGGAGGCAGCUCUGCUCGAAGCCUAUCGUCGCCUGGAGGUCUUGGCGACAAGCCAGGCAGCGGUCAUCUUGCACGGCUGGGUCGUGGAGGAUCGGGUUGUUCCCGUCGUCUGCGCUGCCCUGUGCCGCGUGGAGUCUGCAAAGCUGGCGGCGGCGCCUCUUGCCAGGACGCUGAACGGCAUGGGCCGGGCCUUGGACUCCACCGGCACCUUUGAGGAGACGUGUGGCUUCCACGAGCAGAUCGUGCGGCGGACGGAGAACGGCAAGGCCAUGUUGAAGCUGCUGCAGGCUACGGACCCAGCCUCGCGCACGGAAAGCUUGGCGCUGCUGCGCCGUGUCUAUCCACAGACCAGCAAGGUGCUGGGACGCCACCUCCUCAGCGACCCGCAGUCCAUUGCAGCCUUGAUGCAGAUUUUGCAGGAAGCGAGUGGCUCCAGCUGGGCCGACGUCACGGAAGAGGCUGCACUGUGUGCCGAGUGUGUGCAUUUCCUGCGGUUGGUGACAGCAGAAGAUGGCGACGUGCGCAUGAUCAUCACUUUCCAGGAUGGAGCGGAGGCCCUGCUGGCCAUCGCAACUCAGGCCUUGAGUGUGGCCAGCAGUUCAUCAGGAUCGCUUGACUCAGCUUCAGCCCUUCUCAGCUUGGCUGGAAACUCCUGUGUUUGCGUGCAGCAACUCGUCGGCCAGGGCCCGGUCGCGCAGAAGUACAUGCGCGAGGCCGGGCACCUCACGACGGUCCUCCGGACCUUGCGCUGUGUCUUCGGUGCGCUGGCGCUGCAGGCCCAAGGCAGCGCUUGGACCAGUGGCCUUCAUGCCGCUGCCACAGUGCUUCUGGACACGCUGGCGGCGUUCGUCAUCAAAGCCGGUUCAGAGGCGGCAGGGAACUCCAAGGUCAUGGUCCAGUCCGCCGGUCUGCUGGAGAUGGUUUGCGUGGAGGUCUUGCCCUGUCCUGGCCUGGGGCUACUGAGGCUUCGUGCCGUGGAGGUGUUGGCCGCUGCACUGGCGGCAGAGGAGAAGACGCUCGCGAGCCUCACCCUGACGCAGGUUCCUGCUCCGGCUGCUCCGGCCAUGUCUGGGUCGUCCUCGCUUCCCCGCCGGUCGGCACUGGACUUCCUCGUCUCCGUCCUGCUGGGAACAGAGCAGCCGGAGACUUCGCUGGAGCUCCGUGCAUCCAUCGAGGUUCUCCUGACGACCGCGGUGAGCAGCACGGAUGUGCGCCAGGUGCUGCUCCGGCCAUGUCUGGAAGCUACGGAAUGCUCUCAGGGGCCCACAACGGCCGCAGGCUCCCAGCUGCUCUCCGUCCUCCGUGCAGCCGACCACCCAAAAGGCAGCGCUGAAAAGGCGCCGGCGCGAGGAACCGGAAGCGGCUUCGACUGGUGCCCGGCGGAUGCCAACACCUGGUUUGCAGCACGCCUGCUUGAGAGUUGCCUCCUCUGCGACGGUGCCCUGCGUAAAGUCCUUGCAGAGCCAAGGCCCUGUGCAAGCGAGCAGGGCAGCUUGCUGUCGGAAGUCCUUGGACCUUUGGCGGGCUUGGCUCGCGCCUGGCGAUCACAAGCCGCGCAGGCAGUUGUGGGUGACCCAAGCGCAUCGCUGUGUGCUCUUUUGCAGCUCGUGGCCGAGUGGUGCAACGGCUGCGCUUCAGCAGGAGAGGUCCUGGCCCGGUCCCCAGCGCAGCUGCCGGAGCUGGUUGGCCUGCUGGAGACGUCGACCUCGUCCUCGCCGGGCCAUGGGGUCCGUGGUCUCACUGCGCUGGUGCUGGGAACCUGCUUGCUGGAGCUGCCUUCCGAGGAGGAUGCGCUCGUCAGCCAGGGCCGGCUUAUGGAGAUCUUGGCAGCCCGUGUCGGUGGCGGCCUCAUGCCGGUCUCCGUCGGUGCUCCGGCCAAGGCCUUGCGGCGUUAUCCCAUCGGCUUCGCGGCUUUGGUGUCCAAGCGCUUCCAGGCGAUCCAAGAAGCCAUGGAUGUGGCCGAGCAUUUCAAGGACCUCAUCAAGAUGCAGGACAAGGUGCAGCAACUCAAGGAGGAGAACACAGAGCUGCGGAAGUUGACCACCGACGAGGACAAGACGCUCCUCUUGUGGAAGGUCGGGGCCCUUACGAAGCAGUGCGAGGCUUUGCAAGCCCGGUGCGAUCUCCUGCAGGCGAGCCGUGGCUCCGUGGAGGUGGCUCGUCUCCGCGAGCGCCAGCAGCAGCGGGCGCAGCGCCAGGAGCUCGAGCAGCAGCUCCAGGUGCUGGUUCUGGCACUGGACGAAGCCGACUCCCGCAAAGAGAAGCCAUCCUUGGAGGUAAGUGAUGCAGACGGUGUUGACAGCUUGGCCGCCGAGAGGGACGAGUUGCUUGCGGUGCUCACUCAAAUCAGCAACGCGUGCCCCGAGGUGGCGCCCUUCCUUGCGCCUUUGGGCCUUGCACCAGCUCCCUCAGACGGGAGGGAGGCGGAGGCGCCUGGCACUUUCGGGGGCUUGGGCUUAGGCCUGCGAGAGGUGGUUGCCUGGGAAGCGGCGGCGGAGCGCUUGGGCCACCAGGCAGGAAACCAUGCAGGGGCUGAGGAAACUUCUAGCAUUUUGACGGCCCAGGCAGUUCUCUUGGACAGCCCGGCUAAGGUCCAAGCCGGUGGCGGUCGUGUGCAGCUUGCCGAGAUGUCCUUGUCCGCAGGAUGUUUCGGUUUGCAGAGCGUUGAGCCACCCCAGCGGAAAGUACCAUCGAGGCUUGUGUUUGAGAUAGAAGGAGAUAAGGGCAGCAUUGACACGGUGUCACGCCAUGGUCUUGCAAGCGUUGCCGGUGCCGGGCAAGCGACGGUGGCCAUUUCUUCGCCUGUAGCUUCAAGCUUCAAUGCCAAGUCAGGCCCAGCGCCGCCCCCGCCACCGCCUGCAGGCUUCAGUGGCGUAUUGAAGUCACCACCGGAAGCAGCUGCAAAGCCUGCCGCAGCACCGACGGCAACGCCGGCAACGCCGGCAGCAGAGGGCACGCAGACAGCUCAGGGCGGCUUGAAGCACGUGUAUUUUGAUUUCGACCAGACCAUCUCCACGAUCCACGUCUUCAAGCAGCUCGCCGGGUGGGAACCCGGUGUGAACGCACCCCAUGCGCUGUCUGAGCGAGGGCAGAUCCACCGGCUGCAGAUGUUGAACGCGGACCUGCAGUACAGCUACCAGAGUAGCAAGGGCAUGGUGGUGCCGUGUGGCGCUGGGGCAAAGGGCUCGUCGUGGACGGCAUGCGCUUUGGGAGGACUGAUGUUCUGGCGAGAGUUGGCACUCGUGACAUUCGAGGGACCCGAGAGGGUGGGACAGCUGGGCAGCUUCUUCUCAAGCUUGAAGGCGUCCGGGGUGCGGCUGAGCAUCAUCACGAAGGGCAACGUGGGGGCCUGCAGAUACCUCCUGGAGCACGAAGGGCUCCUGCAGCAUUUCGAGCAGGUCUUUGGGAUGCUCGGACAAUUCUACGGCGAGUCCGACUUCGAUCGUGCCAACCCGGAGCCAUCGCCGCUGGAAGGCAGCUCCGACUGCGAGCUGCGUGAGUCCAAGGCGAAUCUCAUCCGCAGCUUGAUGUCUCGAGAGGCCUUGGCGGCGGAGGAAGCGUGCUUGGUGGAGGACGACGCCCAGGAGAUUGCAUCUGUGCAGGGCAUCUGCCGCAGCGUCUUUGUGGCGGAGAGGCGUGGGAUGACAGGGAGCGAAAUGAACGAGCUGCGAAGCCUCGCCGGUGCGAUGGCUGCAGAUGUGGUGAAGGCCAAAGCAGUGGCCAAAGUGGUGGCAAAGCCGCAGGUGGCGCCCCCGCCACCUCCGCCAGACGGCUUCAGCGGCAUCUGCAAAGCUGGGGGCAAGGGUGCAUCGCUUUCGAAGGGCCCUGUGCCGCCGGCACCGCCUGUGGGCUUCAGUGGCGUUUUGAAGUCACCACCGGAAGCAGCUGCAAAGCCUGCCGCAGCACCGACGGCAACACCGGCAGCAGAGGGCACGCAGACAGCUCAGGGCGGCUUGAAGCACGUGUAUUUUGAUUUCGACCAGACCAUCUCCACGAUCCACGUCUUCAAGCAGCUCGCCGGGUGGGAACCCGGUGUGGACGCACCCCAUGCGCUGUCUGAGCGAGGGCAGAUCCACCGGCUGAAGAUGUUGAACGCGGACCUGCAGUACAGCUACCAGAGUAGCAAGGGCAUGGUGGUGCCGUGUGGCGCUGGGGCAAAGGGCUCGUCGUGGACGGCAUGCGCUUUGGGAGGACUGAUGUUCUUGCGAGAGUUGGCACUCGUGACAUUCGAGGGACCCGAGAGGGUGGGACAGCUGGGCAGCUUCUUCUCAAGCUUGAAGGCGUCCGGGGUGCGGCUGAGCAUUAUCACGAAGGGCAACGUGGGGGCCUGCAGAUACCUCCUGGAGCACGAAGGGCUCCUGCAGCAUUUCGAGCAGGUCUUUGGGAUGCUCGGACAAUUCUACGGCGAGUCCGACUUCGAUCGUGCCAACCCGGAGCCAUCGCCGCUGGAAGGCAGCUCCGACUGCGAGCUGCGUGAGUCCAAGGCGAAUCUCAUCCGCAGCUUGAUGUCUCGAGAGUCCUUGGCGGCGGAGGAAGCGUGCUUGGUGGAGGACGACGCCCAUGAGAUUGCAUCUGUUCAGGGCAUCUGUCGCAGCGUCUUCGUGGCGGAGAGGCGUGGGAUGACAGGGAGCGAAAUGAACGAGCUGCGAAGCCUCGCCGGUGCGAUGGCUGCAGAUGUGGUGAAGGCCAAAGCAGUGGCCAAAGUGGUGGCAAAGCCGCAGGUGGAGCCCCCGCCACCUCCGCCAGACGGCUUCAGCGGCAUCUGCAAAGCUGGGGGCAAGGGUGCAUCGCUGGCGAAGGGCCCUGUGCCGCCGGCACCGCCUGUGGGCUUCAGUGGCGUUUUGAAGUCACCACCGGAAGCAGCUGCAAAGCCUGCCGCAGCACCGACGGCAACACCGGCAGCAGAGGGCACGCAGACAGCUCAGGGCGGCUUGAAGCACGUGUAUUUUGAUUUCGACCAGACCAUCUCCACGAUCCACGUCUUCAAGCAGCUCGCCGGGUGGGAACCCGGUGUGGACGCACCCCAUGCGCUGUCUGAGCGAGGGCAGAUCCACCGGCUGAAGAUGUUGAACGCGGACCUGCAGUACAGCUACCACAGUAGCAAGGGCAUGGUGGUGCCGUGUGGCGCUGGGGCAAAGGGACCCGAGAGGGUGGGUCAGCUGGGCAGCUUCUUCUCCAGCUUGAAGGCGUCCGGCGUGCGGUUGAGCAUCAUCACGAAGGGCAACGUGGGGGCCUGCAGAUACCUCCUGGAGCACGAAGGGCUGCUACAGCAUUUCGAGCAGGUCUUUGGGAUGCUCGGACAAUUCUACGGCGAGUCCGACUUCGAUCGUGCCAACCCGGAGCCAUCGCCGCUGGAAGGCAGCUCCGACUGCGAGCUGCGUGAGUCCAAGGCGAAUCUCAUCCGCAGCUUGAUGUCUCGAGAGUCCUUGGCGGUGGAGGAAGCAUGCUUGGUGGAGGACGACGCCCAGGAGAUUGCAUCUGUCCAGGGCAUCUGUCGCAGCGUCUGCGUGGCGGAGAGGCGUGGGAUGACAGAGGGCGAAAUGACCGAGCUGCGAAGCCUCGCCGGUGCGAUGGCUGCAGAUGUGGUGAAGGCCAAAGCAGUGGCCAAAGUGGUGGCAAAGCCGCAGGUGGCGCCCCCGCCACCUCUGCCAGACGGCUUCAGCGGCAUCUGCAAAGCUGGGGGCAAGGGUGCAUCGCUGGUGAAGGGCCCUGUGCCGCCGGCACCGCCUGUGGGCUUCAGUGGCGUUUUGAAAUCACCACCGGAAGCAGCUGCAAAGCCUGCCGCAGCACCGACGGCAACACCGGCAACACCGGCAGCACAGGGCACGCAGACAGCUCAGGGCGGCUUGAAGCACGUGUACUUUGAUUUCGACCAGACCAUCUCCACGAUCCACGUCUUCAAGCAGCUCGCCGGGUGGGAACCCGGUGUGGACGCACCCCAUGCGCUGUCUGAGCGAGGGCAGAUCCACCGGCUGAAGAUGUUGAACGCGGGCCUGCAGUACAACUACCAGAGUAGCAAGGGCAUGGUGGUGCCGUGUGCUGCUGGAGCAAAGGGCUCAUCGUGGACGGCAUGUGCUUUGGGAGGACUGAUGUUCUUGCGAGAGUUGGCACUCGUGACAUUCGAGGGACCCGAGAGGGUGGGUCAGCUGGGCAGCUUCUUCUCCAGCUUGAAGGCGUCCGGCGUGCGGUUGAGCAUCAUCACGAAGGGCAACGUGGGGGCCUGCAGAUACCUCCUGGAGCACGAAGGGCUGCUACAACAUUUCGAGCAGGUCUUUGGGAUGCUCGGCCAAUUCUACGGCGAGUCCGACUUCGAUCGUGCCAACCCGGAGCCAUCGCCGCUGGAAGGCAGCUCCGACUGCGAGCUGCGUGAGUCCAAGGCGAAUCUCAUCCGCAGCUUGAUGUCUCGAGAGUCCUUGGCGGUGGAGGAAGCAUGCUUGGUGGAGGACGACGCCCAGGAGAUUGCAUCUGUGCAGGGCAUCUGUCGCAGCGUCUUCGUGGCGGAGAGGCGUGGGAUGACAGGGAGCGAAAUGAACGAGCUGCGAAGCCUCGCCGGUGCGAUGGCUGCAGAUGUGGUGAAGGCCAAAGCAGUGGCCAAAGUGGUGGCAAAGCCGCAGGUGGCGCCCCCGCCACCUCCGCCAGACGGCUUCAGCGGCAUCUGCAAAGCUGGGGGCAAGGGUGCAUCGCUUUCGAAGGGCCCUGUGCCGCCGGCACCGCCUGUGGGCUUCAGUGGCGUUUUGAAGUCACCACCGGAAGCAGCUGCAAAGCCUGCCGCAGCACCGACGGCAACACCGGCAACACCGGCAGCACAGGGCACGCAGACAGCUCAGGGCGGCUUGAAGCACGUGUAUUUUGAUUUCGACCAGACCAUCUCCACGAUCCACGUCUUCAAGCAGCUCGCCGGGUGGGAACCCGGUGUGGACGCACCCCAUGCGCUGUCUGAGCGAGGGCAGAUCCACCGGCUGAAGAUGUUGAACGCGGACCUGCAGUACAGCUACCACAGUAGCAUGGGGCUGGUGGUGCCGUGUGGCGCUGGAGCAAAGGGACCCGACAGGGUGGGUCAGCUGGGCAGCUUCUUCUCAAGCUUGAAGGCGUGCGGCGUGCGGUUGAGCAUCAUCACGAAGGGCAACGUGGGGGCCUGCAGAUACCUCCUGGAGCACGAAGGGCUGCUGCAACAUUUCGAGCAGGUCUUUGGGAUGCUCGGCCAAUUCUACGGCGAGUCCGACUUCGAUCGUGCCAACCCGGAGCCAUCGCCGCUGGAAGGCAGCUCCGACUGCGAGCUGCGUGAGUCCAAGGCGAAUCUCAUCCGCAGCUUGAUGUCUCGAGAGUCCUUGGCGGUGGAGGAAGCGUGCUUGGUGGAGGACGACGCCCAGGAGAUUGCAUCUGUGCAGGGCAUCUGCCGCAGCGUCUUCGUGGCGAAGAGGCGUGGGAUGACAGAGAGCGAAAUGACCGAGCUGCGAAGGUUUGCCGGUUCGAUGGCUGCAGAUGGCGCCAAGGCCAAAGCAGUGGCCAAAGUGCCGCAGGUGGCGCCCCCGCCACCUCCGCCAGACGGCUUCAGCGGCAUCUGCAAAGCUGGGGGCAAGGGUGCAUCGCUUUCGAAGGGCCCUGUGCCGCCGGCACCGCCUGUGGGCUUCAGUGGCGUUUUGAAGUCACCACCGGAAGCAGCUGCAAAGCCUGCCGCAGCACCGACGGCAACACCGGCAGCAGAGGGCACGCAGACAGCUCAGGGCGGCUUGAAGCACGUGUAUUUUGAUUUCGACCAGACCAUCUCCACGAUCCACGUCUUCAAGCAGCUCGCCGGGUGGGAACCCGGUGUGAACGCACCCCAUGCGCUGUCUGAGCGAGGGCAGAUCCACCGGCUGAAGAUGUUGAACGCGGACCUGCAGUACAACUACCAGAGUAGCAAGGGCAUGGUGGUGCCGUGUGGAGGAAUGGGACCCGAGAGGGUGGGUCAGCUGGGCAGCUUCUUCUCCAGCUUGAAGGCGUCCGGCGUGCGGUUGAGCAUUAUCACGAAGGGCAACGUGGGGGCCUGCAGAUACCUCCUGGAGCACGAAGGGCUGCUGCAACAUUUCGAGCAGGUCUUUGGGAUGCUCGGCCAAUUCUACGGCGAGUCCGACUUCGAUCGUGCCAACCCGGAGCCAUCACCGCUGGAAGGCAGCUCCGACUGCGAGCUGCGUGAGUCCAAGGCGAAUCUCAUCCGCAGCUUGAUGUCUCGAGAGGCCUUGGCGGCGGAGGAAGCGUGCUUGGUGGAGGACGACGCCCAGGAGAUUGCAUCUGUUCAGGGCAUCUGCCGCAGCGUCUUCGUGGCGGAGAGGCGUGGGAUGACAGGGAGCGAAAUGAACGAGCUGCGAAGCCUCGCCGGUGCGAUGGCUGCAGAUGUGGUGAAGGCCAAAGCAGUGGCCAAAGUGGUGGCAAAGCCGCAGGUGGCGCCCCCGCCACCUCCGCCAGACGGCUUCAGCGGCAUCUGCAAAGCUGGGGGCAAGGGUGCAUCGCUUUCGAAGGGCCCUGUGCCGCCGGCACCGCCUGUGGGCUUCAGUGGCGUAUUGAAGUCACCACCGGAAGCAGCUGCAAAGCCUGCCGCAGCACCGCCGGCAACGCCGGCAGCAGAGGGCACGCAGACAGCUCAGGGCGGCUUGAAGCACGUGUAUUUUGAUUUCGACCAGACAAUCUCCACGAUCCACGUCUUCAAGCAGCUCGCCGGGUGGGAACCCGGUGUGGACGCACCCCAUGCGCUGUCUGAGCGAGGGCAGAUCCACCGGCUGAAGAUGUUGAAUGCGGACCUGCAGUACAGCUACCAGAGUAGCAAGGGCGUGGUGGUGCCGUGUGGCGCUGGAGCAAAGGGACCCGAGAGGGUGGGACAGCUGGGCAGCUUCUUCUCCAGCUUGAAGGCGUCCGGCGUGCGGCUGAGCAUCAUCACGAAGGGCAAUGUGGGGGCCUGCAGAUACUUCCUGGAGCACGAAGGGCUCCUGCAGCAUUUCGAGCAGGUCUUUGGGAUGCUCGGACAAUUCUACGGCGAGUCCGACUUCGAUCGUGCCAACCCGGAGCCAUCGCCGCUGGAAGGCAGCUCCGACUGCGAGCUGCGUGAGUCCAAGGCGAAUCUCAUCCGCAGCUUGAUGUCUCGAGAGUCCUUGGCGGCGGAGGAAGCGUGCAUGGUGGAGGACGACGCCCAGGAGAUUGCAUCUGUUCAGGGCAUCUGUCGCAGCGUCUUCGUGGCGGAGAGGCGUGGGAUGACAGGGAGCGAAAUGAACGAGCUGCGAAGCCUCGCCGGUGCGAUGGCUGCAGAUGUGGUGAAGGCCAAAGCAGUGGCCAAAGUGGUGGCAAAGCCGCAGGUGGAGCCCCCGCCACCUCCGCCAGACGGCUUCAGCGGCAUCUGCAAAGCUGGGGGCAAGGGUGCAUCGCUGGCGAAGGGCCCUGUGCCGCCGGCACCGCCUGUGGGCUUCAGUGGCGUUUUGAAGUCACCACCGGAAGCAGCUGCAAAGCCUGCCGCAGCACCGACGGCAACACCGGCAGCAGAGGGCACGCAGACAGCUCAGGGCGGCUUGAAGCACGUGUAUUUUGAUUUCGACCAGACCAUCUCCACGAUCCACGUCUUCAAGCAGCUCGCCGGGUGGGAACCCGGUGUGGACGCACCCCAUGCGCUGUCUGAGCGAGGGCAGAUCCACCGGCUGAAGAUGUUGAACGCGGACCUGCAGUACAGCUACCAGAGUAGCAAGGGCAUGGUGGUGCCGUGUGGCACUGGAGCAAAGGGCUCGUCGUGGACGGCAUGCGCUUUGGGAGGACUGAUGUUCUGGCGAGAGUUGGCACUCGUGACAUUCGAGGGACCCGAAAGAGUGGGUCAGCUGGGCAGCUUCUUCUCCAGCUUGAAGGCGUCCGGCGUGCGGUUGAGCAUCAUCACGAAAGGCAACGUGGGGGCUUGCAGAUACCUCCUGCAGCACGAAGGGCUCCUGCAGCAUUUCGAGCAGGUCUUUGGGAUGCUCGGACAAUUCUACGGCGAGUCCGACUUCGAUCGUGCCAACCCGGAGCCAUCGCCGCUGGAAGGCAGCUCCGACUGCGAGCUGCGUGAGUCCAAGGCGAAUCUCAUCCGCAGCUUGAUGUCUCGAGAGGCCUUGGCGGUGGAGGAAGCGUGCUUGGUGGAGGACGACGCCCAUGAGAUUGCAUCUGUUCAGGGCAUCUGUCGCAGCGUCUUCGUGGCGGAGAGGCGUGGGAUGACAGAGGGCGAAAUGACCGAGCUGCGAAGCCUCGCCGGUGCGAUGGCUGCAGAUGUGGUGAAGGCCAAAGCAGUGGCCAAAGUGGUGGCAAAGCCGCAGGUGGCGCCCCCGCCACCUCCGCCAGACGGCUUCAGCGGCAUCUGCAAAGCUGGGGGCAAGGGUGCAUCGCUGGCGAAGGGCCCUGUGCCGCCGGCACCGCCUGUGGGCUUCAGUGGCAUUUUGAAGUCACCACCGGAAGCAGCUGCAAAGCCUGCCGCAGCACCGACGGCAACACCGGCAACACCGGCAGCAGAGGGCACGCAGACAGCUCAGGGCGGCUUGAAGCACGUGUAUUUUGAUUUCGACCAGACCAUCUCCACGAUCCACGUCUUCAAGCAGCUCGCCGGGUGGGAACCCGGUGUGGACGCACCCCAUGCGCUGUCUGAGCGAGGGCAGAUCCACCGGCUGAAGAUGUUGAACGCGGGCCUGCAGUACAACUACCAGAGUAGCAAGGGCAUGGUGGUGCCGUGUGCCGCUGGAGCAAAGGGACCCGAAAGAGUGGGUCAGCUGGGCAGCUUCUUCUCCAGCUUGAAGGCGUCCGGCGUGCGGUUGAGCAUCAUCACGAAAGGCAACGUGGGGGCUUGCAGAUGCCUCCUGCAGCACGAAGGGCUGCUGCAGCAUUUCGAGCAGGUCUUUGGGAUGCUCGGCCAAUUCUACGGCGAGUCCGACUUCGAUCGUGCCAACCCGGAGCCAUCGCCGCUGGAAGGCAGCUCCGACUGCGAGCUGCGUGAGUCCAAGGCGAAUCUCAUCCGCAGCUUGAUGUCUCGAGAGUCCUUGGCGGCGGAGGAAGCGUGCUUGGUAGAAGACGACGCCCAGGAGAUUGCAUCUGUGCAGGGCAUCUGCCGCAGCGUCUUUGUGGCGGAGAGGCGUGGGAUGACAGGGAGCGAAAUGAACGAGCUGCGAAGCCUCGCCGGUGCGAUGGCUGCAGAUGUGGUGAAGGCCAAAGCAGUGGCCAAAGUGGUGGCAAAGCCGCAGGUGGCGCCCCCGCCACCUCUGCCAGACGGCUUCAGCGGCAUCUGCAAAGCUGGGGGCAAGGGUGCAUCGCUGGCGAAGGGCCCUGUGCCGCCGGCACCGCCUGUGGGCUUCAGUGGCGUUUUGAAGUCACCACCGGAAGCAGCUGCAAAGCCUGCCGCAGCACCGACGGCAACACCGGCAACGCCGGCAGCACAGGGCACGCAGACAGCUCAGGGCGGCUUGAAGCACGUGUAUUUUGAUUUCGACCAGACAAUCUCCACGAUCCACGUCUUCAAGCAGCUCGCCGGGUGGGAACCCGGUGUGGACGCACCCCAUGCGCUGUCUGAGCGAGGGCAGAUCCACCGGCUGAAGAUGUUGAACGCGGGCCUGCAGUACAACUACCAGAGUAGCAAGGGCAUGGUGGUGCCGUGUGCCGCUGGGGCAAAGGGACCCGAAAGAGUGGGUCAGCUGGGCAGCUUCUUCUCCAGCUUGAAGGCGUCCGGCGUGCGGUUGCGCAUUAUCACGAAGGGCAACGUGGGGGCCUGCAGAUACCUCCUGGAGCACGAAGGGCUGCUGCAACAUUUCGAGCAGGUCUUUGGGAUGCUCGGCCAAUUCUACGGCGAGUCCGACUUCGAUCGUGCCAACCCGGAGCCAUCGCCGCUGGAAGGCAGCUCCGACUGCGAGCUGCGUGAGUCCAAGGCGAAUCUCAUCCGCAGCUUGAUGUCUCGAGAGGCCUUGGCGGCGGAGGAAGCGUGCUUGGUGGAGGACGACGCCCAGGAGAUUGCAUCUGUUCAGGGCAUCUGUCGCAGCGUCUUCGUGGCGGAGAGGCGUGGGAUGACAGGGAGCGAAAUGAACGAGCUGCGAAGCCUCGCCGGUGCGAUGGCUGCAGAUGUGGUGAAGGCCAAAGCAGUGGCCAAAGUGGUGGCAAAGCCGCAGGUGGCGCCCCCGCCACCUCCGCCAGACGGCUUCAGCGGCAUCUGCAAAGCUGGGGGCAAGGGUGCAUCGCUGGCGAAGGGCCCUGUGCCGCCGGCACCGCCUGUGGGCUUCAGUGGCGUUUUGAAGUCACCACCGGAAGCAGCUGCAAAGCCUGCCGCAGCACCGACGGCAACACCGGCAACACCGGCAGCACAGGGCACGCAGACAGCUCAGGGCGGCUUGAAGCACGUGUACUUUGACUUCGACCAGACCAUCUCCACGAUCCACGUCUUCAAGCAGCUCGCCGGGUGGGAACCCGGUGUGGACGCACCCCAUGCGCUGUCUGAGCGAGGGCAGAUCCACCGGCUGAAGAUGUUGAACGCGGGCCUGCAGUACAACUACCAGAGUAGGCAGGGCAUGGUGGUGCCGUGUGCCGCUGGAGCAAAGGGCGCGUCUUGGACGGCAUGUGCUUUGGGAGGACUGAUGUUCUUGCGAGAGUUGGCACUCGUGACAUUCGAGGGUUUGAGGUGUGGUCCGUGCUCUUUGUUUUUCUGGGCUUAG